AAAUAGAUAGUAAUCCAGUGGUGUAUUCAGAUGAGGACCAGUGUUGACCGGCAGCCGAGGGACUCGCUUCUCUGCGUCGCCUCUCUGGGGGAUUUGUACCGACAGAGACAGAACCUGGACCAGAUCUUCAGUGUGCUUCUGUAGCCUGGCAUGGAGGUUUUUCUGGACACCUGUGGACGGAGAACAGUCAAAGCUCUGCUGUUACUCUACCUCUUCGUGGCGAAGGCAGCAGCCAACUGCCCCAAACCUCAGGCAAGGGGAGAUAUCGUCCUAACCAAUGAUGCACUUCUAAUGAAUGAUUUUCCAGAGGGGGUUGAUGUCACUUUACAGUGUGGAAAUGGAUAUGUCAAAGACAGUGGCUCUGGGGUGAUAACCUGCGUUGAUGAUAAUUGGACCGAACCAGAUCUCACCUGCAAGAAGAAGGACUGUGGUCUCCCUAAUGUUCUACCGAAUAUGAGCUUUAAUACCAGUUCCGGUACCCUGUUUGGUGCUAUAAUAAAAGUAAUUUGUGACAAAGGCUUCCAAGUCAGUGGAUCUAGCUACAAACAGUGCUAUGCUUCAGGGUGGGUUGGAAAAUCCACGUGCGAACUUGUAACUUGUGAAAAACCUGUUGAAGUGCCCAAUGGCAAAAGCUCAUGGGUUUCUCAAGAUGAACCAACAUAUGGAGAAAUCAUACAGUACAUCUGUAAUGUAGGAUUCACGCUGAUUGGGAAAAAUAGCAUUAUGUGCAGCGAGACUGGUGAUUAUGAUGCUCCACUGCCAACUUGUGAAGGUACGACGACCAAAUAUACAACUGCAAUGUAUUUGAUAACACCAAAACCUACACCUCCAGCACAAGAUUCCUCUACCACACCCAGAGCUCUCAGAGAUAAAACUGUCACAACCAAAACAACAGCAGCUGUCUCACCUUCAGUAGGAGCUUUAGAAGAACUAAGAAUUGCUCUGAUCGCUCUGUUCAAAGGUGGCAGAGACAUUUUGACAGCUGGAGGUAGAGCUACAACCAGUGUUACAUCAAUGACGUCAUCUUCAUUUCAAGAUAAGCCUGAUGGGGCUGUAGAUCCUAACAAGGACACUGGAAACAUGCCGGUUAUUUUGAGUGUGAUAUGCGUUUCAUUAGGUAAUGCACAAUUGUGUUGUCCUUGGGAGUCAUUUACCCACAUGUUUCAGUUGAAAUACAAAGAAUGUUAUAUAUAUUUUUCUUUCUUCACAGCUGUGUGUAUAAUGGCACUCUUUUUACACAAGUUUCUUCUGAAGAGAAAAGGCUCAUAUGACACCAGAGAAGACCUGAAGCCGGAGUUAUUACAGUUCCAAAAUCUUUAGAUUGCCAGCCUGACAAAGCUCUGCAAAUGAAACUGCGCCUAUCUAUUAAAGAGCAUCUGUUACCCAGGAGGGACUUGCCAAAAACACAGUAGCAGUGCCCCUUCUGAGGGGGAAAAAAGAUAACUCACUUUAAUGUUAUUGCACUUCAAAUGUCAGAUACUCAAAUCUGUAAAAGUACCAUCAUUUAAAUCAAAAUCCACUGACAAGCACUUUUUGUAAUGUUUUUUAUUGCCACUUUAUUUUAGCAGUUGGAAAUACCACUAUAUAAUUGCUAUUUUGUAUGUUAUUUAUUUUAUAGACUGGAAUAAAAUCCUUAACAUAGCUUCCAUGUCAAGAAUGAAGUCUUGGGAAUAUAUUUUUCCAUUUUUGUGUGUGUGUGUUUGGAGUGUAUGCAAAUCUUAAUCCAUUCUUGUAUGUGUUAUUCAUGUGCUUUUUUGUUAGGACAGACUCGUGAAAAGUUGAUUCAAGAGGCAUACAAUGUGGUUUCUUCAGUUUACAGACUGAAACCGCGGCUGUUAAAGAUACAAUCAGCUGCAUUCUUCGCCCUCUGACUUUCUCUUUGACAUUUUCGAUUGUUCUGGGGCUCUAUUUGUUAGCUUCAUGUGCAAAGAUAAUCAGAAACCUUGUUUCUUGAGAAAAGAAUCCAACAGAGUAACUCCCAUCUAUGAACGCUGUUUCACUAGCUACCGUAUUAAGUGUGACGGGGAAUUUCUCAGGUAAGUGAUGAGAAUAUGUCUGACCUUGAGUUUGUGAAUGGACUCAUUGUGCCAAUGGAGCAGAAGCCUUUCAUGUUUGCAAGGCUGGUAUUGUAUGAUACAACUUUUUUUAUAUUAAACAAACCGGACUGAGAGAUUUGUAUUUUAUAAAUCCCUUGUACACCUACCAAAUGGCAGAUAAAUGUCUUGAAUCUUGAAUGUUGUAUAAAAAUAAAAGGUUAGAUAAAUGUGAAAGCUCAUUAUAGCUCUCUUUUGAAACAAUGUUUUAAUUGAACGACAGUCAUACAGUAUUGAGAACAUGACCUUCCUUCUAUUUUUUAUUUUUAUUUUCAGAACUACACUAAGCCUCCCCAACCCCUACCCAUCCCCUCCUGCCCCUACCUUGAAACCCUUUAGAGAUACAACUUCAACAAAAAAACACAGUAAAACAGAAAUAAUAUGAAUAAUCAAAUAAAUAAAUAAAUAUUCAAAUGUAUUGGCAAUAAUUAACAUUAAGUAACACUGCCUGACAGCAAAUCCAAAAAGCAUAUGAAUGAUAUUACUCCAUUCAGGUGUGAGUGUUUUGAAGGUCCUUUUAUCGCUCAUUGAAAGCCAGAAGGAGUAAAGUGGAAAAGCUAUUAAAAAAAUGCAUGUUAGAGCAUUGCUCACAUCUUUCAAUGUAGUCUUUUUGCAAAGAAGCAUUUUUCUUGGGGAGAAUCUCAGGGGUUGCAUUCACUGUUAACAGCACUAAAGGAACAGGCUAUUAUCCUGGCAGGGGGGUGGUAUAGUACAGAGAAAAACCCCUAUUAUGAAAUGUGGUUACAGUGCUUCAUUGUACCCUGGUCUUAUGAAGUGCCAGAGCUUUGAAGUGUGCCUUUUUGGGAUCAAAAGAGAUGAUUUCUUGUAUCUACUUCAAAAGAACUACAUUAUUUAAGUCAUGUUUUACAGUGUGCUACAGUGUAUACAUUCAGCUUUAGCUUGUGAAAUCCUCUGGAAAAAAGAAGAGCGUGAUCAUAAACAGGACGUGGCCUCCUCAUGGUAGUUAUUCAUCUUCGUUGUGUGGACAGACAGUGUAUUAUCAGACAGCAAGGGUUUGCAGUGUUUCUCAGAGAAACCCCGACAACAUUGGUGGUCUUUGUGGAAGUCAUGAACUAUCCUCCAAACCCAGCUGCCAAACAAAGGGGGAAACAAAGCAUUGUGGUGUUGCUCACUGUCUCUAUGUUGUCUGUGGACUGGACUUUUGAUUGAAGAGAUAAGUCUGUGGAUAUUUUACAGUUGUCAACAUUCCGUUGGGGGGACCAAAACCACCAAUGAACUGAACCAAGUAUUUUCUGUGUCCUUUCUGUGAAACCAUUUUGCCUGGAACCUAUUAAAAACACACCAGUAAACCACA